GGACCAUGAAAAUAAAUUUAUAAAUCAACCACCAAUAUAUUGCCAUAAUGUCAUCAGAGCAUUUCGUCGUGCCGAGGCCGAAAAAGUCGACGUUACCGCCGCAACCAAAGAAAAGAAAGAGAAAUGCUGCAAUCGAGGAGAUCAGUUUCGACGUCGAUGCCAGAGCAGACUAUCUGACCGGUUUCCACAAGCGCAAGGUGGAGCGUAUGAAGAGGGCGCAGGCAGAGAACGAGAAAAAGGCCAAGGAGGAGCGCAUCCUGCAGAGGAAACAGUUACGAGAAGAACGAACACAAGAGCUGAAAGCGCACGUCGCUGCCGUCGAUGCGAUAUUAGCGGAAUCAAAGUCUCCCUUCUUAGAUCAUGAGGAAUCCGGCGAGGAUGGGGAGUGGGAUGGCAUAAAGGAAGAAGCGCCGGCGGAGCCAAUCAAUCACGAAGAAGAAUACAUUGAUGAGGAUCGGUUUACGACGGUGACUGUGGAGGAGGUAGGCGUGUCAAAAGAUGGAUUACAUACAGCAGCAGAGGAUGAGGAGGCAGAGUUAGAGGGGAGGAAGAAGACAGCGGAGGCGGCCAAGGCGGCGAAGUUUGCAAAGGCAAAUCCCAAGAAGCAGUGGCCGAAGAAGGAUAAAAAGAAGCCGUUCAGGUACGAGUCUAAGAUCGAGCGGAAGAUUGGCAGGGCGAAACAGAAGUCUUCGAAUAAGAAGCAGGCGAGCGCUAGGAGAGGCGACGAUUAAGAGUCACGACACGA